AUGGAGCGGUUCCAGAUGGUGCUAAUCCAUGUGCCCUCACACAUGCUGCUUGAGCAUUGCUGCCAGGUGUGCCAGUGCUGGUGCCACCUGGUGGACUGCCAGGCCCUGUGGCUGAGCAUCCUGGUCAGAGACCAUGCCGCCCUGUCACCCAUCCUCAGCACCCUCCUGCCCCCCACAGCCGACAGUGACCCCAGGCCCUGCGUCCUGGGAGGCGUCUGUGAGCACAGACCCUUUAGGACGCCACCUCUACCAGAACCCCACGGGCCUAGGCGUCUUCCGGAACUGGACAAUGCAGAGCGGUGGAGGUGGCUGGGGAGAGAAGGAAAACUUGGAGGUCAGGCUUUGGGCCACUUCCCAGGCAUCUUUCCUGUCUGCCAAAGGUGGUGUUACAAGAAGGAAGUAUUGGACCUGGAGAACAAGGGUCUGUGGCAGGAACUCCUGGAGAGUGGGAAGAUUGAGAUUUGUGUCUCUGCCUGGUGGAUAGACCAACAGGGCAUGCCCAGUGUGUAUGAGCUAACUGUCCAACUUCUAGAUGCCAACCAUACUGUGUUGCAUAACUUCUCUCCUACACCUAUUCCCAUCCAGCAAGGUAGAAACAGUGUCCCGUUUGAGGUCAACCAUGUGUUCCUCAACUUCAAGAAGGGUGUCCACUUUGUGUCUGUUGAACACUGGAUUUGGGACUUGGGAUUCUGGCCUGAACAAUAUGGAAUCUAUCUGCCCAAUGCUGGUGUGAUUCCACGGGUCUGUCUGUUCUAG